GAGUCGAGUCGAGUCGAGUCGAGUCGGUCACCAACAAGGGAACAACCACCAAGUACCCACUUUUCUCUUGUCUUUUACAUACAUCAACAGCUGUUGCAGUACGAUAACAAACCUGUGAUUUUUCCUGCGUGAGGGCGAGACAAGAAGUGAAAAGAGCAGCAUGAACAAAACGUUGCUGAAAACCGUCGACGUCUCGAAACGAGACAUGACGAAAGCGGCUGUUUUGAAGAAAAGGUGCUUCGGUUUUGCUGCAGUCCUCGUCCUCUCUCCUCUUUUGUAUGCUUUUUCGCUCGAUAGCUCUCCCCAGUCCACAAGCUUGCAGGUGACAGGCUUGCGGGUGGGCUCUAGUGUGCCCAAGAUUCUUCCUAUCUUCGAUGGAGAAACGACGGAUGAAAUCUCCUGCAAAAUGGUAACACAACGCGAGUUCAGCUCGCCGUGGUUUCUAGAAAGUAUUGGCUUGAUCGGUGAAAAACCUCGUAAUAACCGUAAACAGUGGGAGGUCGCCUACGUGCUGCAUGUCGUCAAGACUCUCAAUCUAUGCGAGCCCGGAAAGAGAGGUUUGGUACUUGCCGUUGGAACUGAAAAACUCCCACAGGUCUUUGCUUCAAUGGGUUGCUCCAUUCUGGCAACAGACCUACCAGUCGACGAUGAUCCAGCAUUUGCGAAAGCGUGGGCGAACACAGGUCAACAUGUGGCAACAAUCGAGAGUUUGUAUAGGAAAAACUACAAGGGAGUAAGCAAAAAGACCUUCAAGGAACUCGUAACAUACCACCCUGAGAAUAUGAAUUCAUUCUCGGACUGGCUUCUCCAACAAGAGAAAUUCGAUUUCAUUUGGAGUCUAUGUUCGAUUGAGCACGUGGGAUCCAUCGAGCUAGGGCAGAAUGUUGUUCUUCACACUCUAGAUCUGUUGAAGCCUGGCGGAGUGGCGUUUCAUUCGGUUGAAUUUAAUCUAUCAUCUAACAAUGCAACGAAACAAAUGAAAGGAGAAUCGGUUUGGAGAAAGCGAGAUUUUGAAGCGCUAAAGGAAAAAGCAAUCGCUAAAGGAUACAGUCCCUUCCCCGCUCAGUUUGGAGCUGGUCAUGGCAUCUUGGAUCGCAAUCCAGACGGAGUGCUGCCCCGCCCAUACAGCAGUUCUGACCACAUCAAACUGUAUGAGGUCUUACCCCCCUUGGACGCGCCUAUUCCUGAGUCACUGAUCAAGACCUCGUAUGCGAUGCUUAUACGCAAACCCUAA